CGGUCGACCGCCGACGAAUUUCAGGAAAGCGGGAGUCCAACUUCCGAUUCUCGUGCCAGCGGCGACCGGAAGUCUCGACUUGCCGGCGGCCAGACGAGCGCCGAGGCCGCCUCCCAGCUGUUCGACGGAAUGACUCCUGCGAAGAGGCUCAAUAGUGCGCCGCAGCUGAUCGCCACCGACCGCAUCGGCGCCCUCCCCGACAACAUCCUCCACCACAUGCUCUCCUUCCUCCCAGCGCAGGCGGCCGUGCGGACUUGCGUGCUCGCCCAUCGCUGGCGCCACCUGUGGAGGUCCACCACAGGCUUGCGCAUAGGCGGCCUUGACGAUGAGGAGUCUGUCCAUGUCCAAGACAUCCGCAAGUUCGUGGACCAUCUGCUGAUCCUGCGUGAGCGCACCGAUCUGGACACCGUCGAGAUCAAAUUCCAUGAGUUCCUGGGAGACGACGAGCCCUAUGUUAACCUAUGGAUCCGUUUUGCUGUGAUGAACAAAGUUCGGGUGCUCACCCUUCAUAACUAUGAUGAUGAUUACCUCUACCUGCACAACUUGCCUCUUGGCUCUCGGUAUCUGAGAACAUUGGACCUUGAUGGUAUAGGCCUAGAGGAGACCUUUCUUGACUUCGCUGGCUGUCCAUUGUUGGAGACUCUGAGUUUGGACACGUGCCACAUCAGUGGCCGUAAGAUAUCGUCCCCUUCCCUGAAGCAUUUGAGCAUCACUAUCUGUUCCUCUGAUUUGGAUUGCCGGAUCCGUGUUGCUGCCCCAGUCCUUGUCUCCCUCAUUCUAGAUGACUUCUCUGGUUUAACCCCUUUUCUUGAAAACAUGCCGUUGCUAGAGACUGCAAAUCUGUAUAUUGGCAGUAAAUGCAAGGAUGUCUGUCUGAAGUAUGACUCUGGUGUUUUCUGUGGAGCUAAUAAUAAUACAUGUGAGAAUUGUGUUCCUACUAGUGACAGUUAUGGCAGCGAUUGUGUGCUUCUGGGUGGUAUCUCAAGUGCUAAACGUCUUGUAUUGAAAUCUAAAUUUGGACAGUUCAUCUUCUCAAGAGAUUUGAAACACUGCCCUACAUUUAGCAAGUUGAAGUUUUUAUUACUCGAUGGUUACUGGUGCGAGGCUCCUGAUUUGGAUCCACUAUCACGCAUUCUGAAAAAUUCCCCGGUUCUAGAGGAGCUCACUCUUGUUAACUUUCGUAAGGGACAAAAUCCUAAAGUGGAAAUGAAAGGAAGCUACAGUUCAAUGAAGAGAUCACCUGCAAUAUCAGAGCACCUUAAAAUAGUGGAAGUCAAGUGCAAUGUGGUAGAUGAGAAGAUUCUCAAAGUUCUAAGGUUCCUAUCUGCAUUUAACAUAAGAUUCAGUUUCCAUUAAGGGUCGCCGGUCAUCUCUUGACAAUUCAGAAACGCAAGGCCUAAGCACAUGUCCUGCUACAGUAUUUCCAUAUCCUGUUGCGGCUUCAUCAUAUGCCAACUCUACUCAGAGGAACGGCGUAGAAUACGCGGUCUAUAGCCUAUGAACUCGAGACUUGGUUUUAUCUUUAUCCUGCAAUUUCUAUCUCACUUUCGGUUCAUUCUGAAUCUUUCCAGCUCUCAGACUGGUUAGUGCUUGCUAGGCGUUUCUUUAUUGGGGGGUUGGCACAUGACUUGUUCUGCUAUGGUGUGUUCCGUCUAUUCUGUCUCCUUUGCCAAGAUCUGGAUGUUUAGAGAAGUGAACAGGAGUUGUUGAGUUACAUGUAUAGUACUUGUUGACUUGCUGC